AUGCAGUCUCAAUCUCAUCCCUACGCUAGCCACGACAAUAUCCGCUAUUUUUCUCAGACACAUACCAACGCUCAAGCAUUACCAUUUACCUCUCUCCAAAUAUCAGAACUAAACAUGCUUCCAUACAUCCUGCAACAACAACAGCAACUCAUCCUUCACGCCAACGGAUCUCUUCCUCCUCUCACAUCCGAUGAAACUCGAGACAUGCUCAUUGCAAUCCACCACAUGUGUCAAGAUAUCAAAGACUCGCUACGUACCUUGAACAGUAAAGUCGGCGAUCUGUAUGGCGAAAUUACAAUGCUAAGAGAGCGUACUUCAAAUAUAGAGUCACAUACGGGAAUCAGAAGAUUCGAUGACGCUGCAACGGAAGCUGAUGAUGAAAAUGCGUACGGAGAUGAAACCGAUAUCAUAAUGAAAAAAGAAACAUUGUCUUGCACGGAAGAAUAG